GGCGCGCACAAGUCGCGCUUGGCAUUUUUCUUUCCCUCUCCUCGCUCGGGUUGGGAUAUCGUUUAGGAUCACUGACCAGCGCUGGUACAUCUGCUUCGCCCGUGACUGCGGUAGAAAAAGUAUCAGAAACCAAGACAGAAUCUGCUGCUGUGCAAGAAGAUGACUACGACGAUGAAGACGAGGAGCUGGCAGAUGGCGACUUGGCAGCGAUCUCCGCAGGCUUGCUCGAGCCGUGUAAACUAGUUCUUGUUGUCCGCACGGAUCUGGGUAUGACCUCCGGAAAAAUCGCGGCCCAAUGCGGGCAUGCUACGCUUGCAUGUUAUAAGGCUCUGGUAAAAAAGAACAGCAAGCUUGUACAACACUGGGAACGUACAGGUCAGGCAAAAAUUGCGUUGAAAGCAACUUCGGAGGAUCAGCUACUGGAACUGGAAGCGAUCGCCAAGAGUUUAAACCUGUGUGCUCGAUCAAUACAUGACGCGGGACAUACACAAAUCGCGGCAGGUUCACGGACAGUGCUUGGUAUUGGUCCGGCCCCUGUAGCCCUCAUCAACGAAGUGACAGGAAAGUUGCGUCUUUUGUGAAUUGGUGGUUUUUACGAUUCUGCGAUGCUACAAUGUGUGUCUAGUUGAUACAAAUGUUGUGCGCUGAUAAUACAACGAGGACGCCGCGGUUCACUAAUGGCGAACUCUCCAAGCUC